AUGUCUCGAAUCGGCGGCGCUCCCGCCGUGAGACGCUGCCUUUUGGCGGCGGGGAUCCGCACCGGCGCCUCGGCCUCUUCACCGAUGAGCCUCAGAGCACUGCUUAUACAUAGUCGCCACGCCGCCACCAAGGCGACCGCGACCAGCACCGCCAAGCGCAGCAGCACCGUCAAGGCCUCGGUGACGACGGCGGCCGAGACCCCCGCCGCCGAGGCCAAGAAGAUCAGCACCAAGACCACCGCCACGACGGCGACGACCCGGCCCAAGACGACGAGGAAAAAGGCUGCCGCCGCCGCAGCGGAUACGGAUACUGCCGUGCCUGCAGAUGCCGCCGCGGAAACCCCUGUGACGACGGUCAAGAAGACCACCCGGGCCAGCUCGACCAAGGCCGCGGUGGCCAAGACGACCACGGCUGCGAAGAAGACUACGACGCGCAAGACGGCGGCGCAAAAGGCUGCCGAGGCUGCUGAAGCUGGCGAUACGCCGGCCGCUGAGGUCCCGGUCAAGCCCAAGCGUAUGACCGCUGCGCAAAAGGCAAAGGCGGCGGCUGCUGCUGCUGCUGCUGCCGCCGGUGAAAGCUCGCCGCCCGCGCCGGAAACCCCAACAACAUCGGCGCCUAUGGCCAAGGACAACGACAAGACUGCAGCAACGAGCCCUGCAACGGCAAGUGCAUCCACAGACUCGGCAGCCUCCAGCUCAAAGGCCACACUCAAGACAAAGAGCGCAAGCCCUACCGAACCGUCCAAGAAGACAUCAUCUGUCUCGAGCACGAUAACAAGUCCAUCUACUACAAAAGCUUCCACCUCGCCAGUACCAAACACUACGGACUCGGCGACGGAAGCAGUCCCAUCCACGCAAGUGAAGACACCGGUGGCAUCUUCCCCAAGUUCCUCGCCUACUUCCACAACUCCAGAGUCUUCAAAGAAGACAGAGACCUCGGUGCCGGCAUCAACAGUUUCGGCCAAGUCUAGUACACCCGCUGCAGCACAAUCACCUCAUGCACCCAAGGUUGUUCCUGCAACUACCGUGGCCCCAACGGUAAACAAGGAGACAAAACCACCUUCCCCGGCUUCGAAAGCAACAACUGCUCCCACGCCAACUGCAAAACCUGCCCCGGGACUUUCAAAGGUGGCUUCGCCAGCCAAAACGGACACUCCGACGGUUGGUGUGACGAAAGAUGCCGGAUCUUCAAGAUUCGCUCCUCCAGCUCCGGACAAGGUGAAAGCGGCUCCGAAACCUCCACCCCAACCUCUUGUAGUAAAGAAAGCUCUAGAGGGACCUUUACCUCCAGCAUUUCAAGAUCGAGAUGAAAUGCCCGAGCCGUAUGAUACCAACACCAAGGAGUAUAAGGAUAGGGCGAGGCAGUGGCUCAAGGUCAUGGUUGGCUUGCCUGUUCUCAUUGUUAUGAGCUACCACCUGUAUGACCGACUGGUUCUGGGCAACGGACCGAAUGAACAUAUCGAAUUCACUGGACAGGGCGUGCAGCUGGGACCUAAGCUACCGAAAUUCGAACCCGAACCUGAACCCGUACCUGAACCCGUCCCAGAACUGGAACCAACGACAACUGAAGAAAAAUCAGAGACCGAUUAGAAAUGCAGGCUUACGAGGCAUCGCCAGCUACGUGUGCAACUAAUGUGUAUUUUUUCAUGUCAUGAUACGAAGGACGGGAUUACUAAAAACGGAAAUGGCUGUUUGUUGACAAUGAGAACAACAAGAUAUGCCGGUGCCUUAUGUUGUUCAUUAUACCUCCUUUCUACAGUUUUGCUAUAUUUGUUUUUGGUACACGAUCUGUGUACAGGACGGACCAUACAUGGUAAAGCACGUAUAUAUAUUUUUUGAUCAUAUGGGAUGAGAAUAGG